AUGAUAAGAGAAACACAAAAAGGACUCAAAACAAAAGGAAAAGAUUGGAGCAAAAGAGAAAGGAGCAAAAGUCACAGUUCUGGCACGUUGAUUGCUAACAUCCAAGCGCUCCUAUUCACCGCUAAAUUCUUGGAGAUAUUCCAAUCUUUAAGAGGGGGAGACGACGGGCCCGGGCUUCUCGAGGACCCUCUUCUGGUUUCAGUAAUGGGUCGUUUUCCUUUUGCCAUGAAAUGGCACCAUCUCCAUAAGCCGUCGCAUCUCUUGCUCUUCAUCUGCAUCUUGCUUUCAGCUCAAAACGACGAGGUUUCAGCGUCUGAUUCGGACAAAUCCGCUCUCCUGGAGCUCAAGGCGUCGCUUUCGGACCCUUAUGGGGUGCUCAGCAGCUGGGGUUUGCAGAACCAGAAUCAUUGCUCGUGGUUCGGGGUUUCCUGUGAUUCGGGUUCUCGGGUCGUGUCGUUGAUUGUUACUGGUGGAGGUAAUUCCUUGCCCUGUGCUAGAAUUGCUAGGUUUCCGCUUUAUGGGUUUGGGAUUAGGCGACCCUGUUUGGGCAGAGGUAGGAAGGUUAAAAUCAUGGGUAAACUUUCUGCGGCUGUUGCUAAGCUUAGUGAGCUCAAGACUCUAUCUUUGCCCUUCCAUGAGUUGAGUGGUGAAAUUCCUUCGGAAAUUUGGGGAAUGGAGAUGCUCGAGGUUCUUGACCUCGAGGGGAAUUUGUUUUCGGGCUCGUUGCCAGCUCAGUUCAGUGGGUUGAAGAAUUUGAAGAUUCUUAACUUGGGAUUCAAUGAGAUUUCAGGGGAAAUACCGCCUUCUUUGUCGAACUCUGUGGGGCUCCAAGUUCUGAAUUUGGCUGGCAAUCAAAUUAAUGGAUCGAUCCCAGGGUUUGUUGGAAGGUUUAAUGAUUUGAGAGGAUUCUACCUGUCGUACAAUCUACUCAGUGGAUUCAUACCCCUCGAAAUCGGUGAUAGUUGUGGGAAACUCGAGCAUUUGGAUCUUUCUGGUAAUUACUUGGCCGGGAGUAUUCCGAAAGGCAUUGUGAACUGCAAAGGGUUAAAAACCCUUAUUCUGUUCUCAAAUAUGUUGGAGGAGGUAAUUCCAGGCGAACUCGGCCAGUUGAGUCAGCUGGAAAUUCUUGACGUGUCGAGGAAUAAUUUCGGCGGCCCUAUACCUCUGGAGCUCGGUAAUUGCACCAAGUUAUCUGUACUUGUACUCUCUAAUUUAUGGGAUCCCCUUCCAGAUGUUUCUAUUUUAGGAGGCGGUUAUUCAGAGGAGAAGCUGGCUUACACUGCCGAGGAGUACAACUUUUACGAAGGUACUAUUUCAUCACGAAUCACGAGCCUCCCUAACUUGAGGAUGGUGUGGGGCCCACGGGCGACUCUGGAAGGAAAACUUCUCGAUAGUUUGGUCUCGUGUGACAGCUUGGAGGUAUUGAAUUUGGCCCAGAAUUAUUACUCUGGAAGAAUCUCGGAUGGCCUUAACAACUGCACGAAGCUGCGUUUUCUUGAUUUGAGCUACAACAGACUUAGUGGGGAGAUUGUUGAUAGCAUCCCGAUUCCUUGUAUGACUCUGUUCGAUAUCAGUGGGAAUUAUUUCUCGGGUAAUAUUCCCACUUUCAGUAACCGGAUGCCUUGCGAUCCUGUUCGGUACAGGUUUAACAGUGACUUUUCAUAUCCUCAAGAAGAUCCUUCAUCUGCAUAUAUAUCACAUUUUAUGUACAGAACUUGGGUCGAAGCCUCUCCGCCGUUCUACGACUAUGAUGAUGGAAAUCUCCUCGUCUUGCACAAUUUCGGUUCAAACAACUUUACAGGCCCCGUGCAGUCGACACCUGUCUCAUCCGAAAUUCUAGACAAGAAUACCGUUUAUGCAUUUCUUACCGGUGGAAACAAGUUGACCGGAAGCCUCGAUGGAGCUGCUUUCUUCGAUAAGUGUGAUCGAGCCAGAAGUAUAAUACUCAAUGUCACUGACAACUUGUUGACCGGUCAAAUCCCGGCCGAUAUUGCCACAACUUGCAAGACUCUGUCGAUCCUCGAUAUAUCCGGCAAUAAGAUCUCCGGAAGCCUUCCUCCUUCUAUCGGCGAAUCAGUUUCACUUAUCGUCCUUAAUUUAAGCCGCAAUUUACUAAAGGGUCCCAUUCCGGCGAGCCUUACCGGAAUAAAGGAUCUCAAAUCCCUCUCGUUGGCCGGCAACAACUUGGACGGUCCCAUCCCGGCAAGCUUGGGACAGCUGUACUCUCUACAAGUGCUCGACUUAUCCUCCAACUCGCUCUCAGGCGAAAUCCCGAAAAACCUCGCCAACUUAAAAAACCUGACUUCUUUCAUCCUGAACAACAACGAGUUAACCGGGCCGUUACCCAACGACCUUCUAAACAUACCUACCCUCUCGAUUUUCAACGUGUCCUUCAACCAUUUAACCGGAACUCCGUUUUUCAACAACACCAUGAUCAAAUGCGACAGCUUUAUCGGUAACCCUUCCCUCCACUGCCCGAUUCUCUCGACCUCCCCGCCCUUCGCAGACCCACCUGACCGAAAAACGGACCCAGGCAGUAAUUUUUCCCCAUCCUCGAACCGUAACCGGAGAAAAAAUCAUAACGGGUUCAAAACCGUCGAGAUUGUCUCGAUAACUUCCUCAGCCAUUAUUGUCUCGAUCCUUCUCUCCUUAAUAAUCCUUUUCUUCUACACCCGAAAAUGGAAACCCAGGUCCCGAGUCAGCACAACCGUCCGAAAAGAAGUCAUCGUCUUCACCGACAUAGGCGUCCCCCUCACCUUCGAAAACGUGGUCCGCGCCACGGGGAAUUUCAACGCGAGCAACUGUAUCGGCAAUGGGGGAUUCGGGGCCACGUUCAAGGCCGAGAUCACGCCAGGUGUCCUUGUCGCCAUCAAGCGCCUCGCUGUUGGCCGUUUUCAGGGCGUCCAGCAGUUCGACGCGGAGAUCAAGACGCUCGGCCGGCUUCGCCACCCGAACCUCGUGACGCUGAUCGGUUACCACGCGAGCGAAAACGAGAUGUUCUUGAUCUACAACUACUUGCAGGGAGGGAAUUUAGAACGGUUCAUUCAGGAGAGAUCGACGACUCGGGCAGUCGACUGGCGAGUCCUCCACAAAAUCGCUUUGGACAUCGCGCACGCGCUGGCGUACCUGCACGACCAGUGCGUGCCACGUGUCCUCCACCGAGACGUAAAACCGAGCAAUAUUCUUCUCGACGAGGAUUACAAUGCUUACCUGUCGGAUUUCGGGCUGGCUCGACUUUUGGGCACCUCGGAGACCCACGCGACAACUGGCGUAGCGGGGACUUUCGGGUACGUCGCACCGGAGUACGCGAUGACGUGUCGGGUUUCGGAUAAGGCUGACGUGUACAGUUAUGGGGUGGUUCUUCUCGAGCUGCUGUCGGAUAAGAAGGUGCUUGACCCCUCGUUUUCUUUGUAUGGGAAUGGGUUUAAUAUCGUGGCUUGGGGGUGUAUGCUGUUGAGGCAGGGCCGGGCCAAGGAGUUUUUCGCGAGCGGGCUUUGGGAUGCGGGCCCGCAUGAUGAUCUGGUGGAAGUGCUGCAUUUGGCAGUGGUGUGUACGGUUGAGUCACUUUCGACUAGACCGAGCAUGAAGCAGGUGGUUAGGAGGCUGAAGCAGCUUCAGCCACCCCCUUGUUAG